AUUCAGUUGUUAUAAGAAAACCGUACUGACCGGUCAUUUGAUAAAAUUUAUUCGAAAUUGUGUUUUAAUUUAGUAAAGCAGUAGCUUUAGGCAACAAUUAAAUAUGGAACGCUACGACUGUUUCCAACCUACGAUAGAGUAUGAUCCAAUGUGCGAUCAGGAUAAUCCUCAAAAAAUAUCCUUUGAGGAUGUAUCAGCGGCUGCAUUCAGAAUUCAAAGUGGGAUCGUUAAGACGCCGUGCGUGAAAUCUCACAUGUCAAACAUAUAUGGUAUGGACAUAUUCCUCAAAAAUGACUUUCUGCAGUACACUGGGAGCUUUAAAGAACGCGGUGCUCGUAACGCGUUGCUCUUACUUCCGCCGGAAGCCAAAAGUCGUGGUGUGAUAUCCGCUUCCCUUGGAAAUCACUCCCAAGGCUUAAGCUACCAUGCCCACCAGUUGAACAUACCCACCACCGUGGUGAUGCCAAACGUUGCGCCCAUUAUGAAGAUUGAGAAUUGUCGGUCGUACGGCGCGAAAGUAAUCGUACACGGCCAUGACAUGAAGGAAGCAAAAUACCACGCAAUGACGCUGGCAAAAGAGAAAGGGCUUACAUACAUUAAUGGAUAUGACCAUCCCCACAUUAUGGCUGGACAGGGGACAGUGGGGUUAGAAAUCCUUGAACAAGUCCCCGAUGUCGACGCCAUUUUGGUUCCCGUUGGGGGAGGAGGCUUACUGGCGGGAGUUGCUACUGCUGUCAAACAUCUUAAACCUCAUGUUCUUAUAUAUGGUGUGGAAACAGAAAAGUGCCCUAGUAUGGAGGAGGCGAUUCGUCAAGAAUCCCCAAAGUGUGUGGAGAUCCGAUCAACGCUGGCAGACGGUCUUGCCGUACCGACCGUUGGGUUUAACGCCUUUUUCACUGUCAAAUCACUUAUUGAUAAGAUGAUUACCGUGAACGAAGACUGGCUAGCCAGAGCCAUACUGCGGCUAGUGGAACAAGAGAAGUAUGUUGUUGAAGGUGGUGGUGCGGUCGGAGUAGCAGCCAUCAUGGCUGGUCUUGUACCAGACCUUGCCGGCAAGAAGGUGGUCUGCAUACUAUCAGGUGGUAACAUCGAUACAACAAUAUUAGGUCGUUGUUUGGAACGAGGUUUGGCAGCUGAGCAGCGGUUGGUAAAAUUCAAAGUGACUGUCAGUGAUCGACCGGGUGGAAUCGCAGAGCUUUGCAAGCUUUUAGCUUCUUUGGGAGUGUCAAUAAAGGACAUCAUGCAGGAACGCGCUUGGGUGUAUGGAGAUAUAUUUAGUGUUAGGGUAAAAGUAGUAUGUGAAACAAGAGGACCAGAUCACAUGGGACAACUGCGAACUGUGAUAAUGAACACAUACAAAGAGUGGUGUUUUGCGCAAGAAUUUGAAGGUCGUGAUCGAUGCGCAAGUACAGAUUCGCUAGAUGACGUUUCCCAUUAGGAACGUCUCCUAGUACCGUAGUAGUUUUGAGAACAUUUGAUAUUAUCAUAGCGGUCAUACACGUUAUAUAAAAUAAGAAAAACAUAAAUAUUUUGUUUCGGAAAAAGCCCGCAAUUAUUCGACCAGCCUUGUGAUUCUGUAACUCGCUUUUCGAACUCUAACAGCGGUUUUCGCAGCGGCGGUCGCGCUCAAAUCAGUCGUGAAGCAGUCAUUUUACGAUUUGGCAUUCUGAUAAACUACAAGCUCCCUCCGCUUGUCAAGACGUAAUGUGAAAUUGCUUAACAGAAUACCAUGAGAUUCCAAAAAUGAAGUGAGUGACGAAAGGAGCGUUGUUAGUGCGAGGUGAACUCACGGAUUAACAAAAUCGCACGGCAGUUCAUUAAAGUAAAAAAAAAAAUCUUGGCCUUUGAGUAAUCAAUUUAAAAUUUUUACUAUCUACUGGACUGUCAAUUAAAAAACCAACAACAUGUAGGUCGGGGCCUAAGAUUUCUGAAUCUAUUUCGUUAUCAUUUGAUUUUGUAAUAGGCCACAGUCUUCUGUGCCUAACACACCCCGUUGACUUUUUGGGUCUUAGGCAUGCCGGCUUCCUAACAUGGUCAUUCACAUUACCAACGAGUGUUAAAUGCGCACAUAGACAGCAAGACCGAGCACUGCCGAGGUUGGAACCUACGACCUCAGGGGUGAGAGUCAUUCAAUAAAGCCUCUCAGUGUUAAUAAUGUAUACAUGAUUCUCACCAAGCUCACAACCAAUUUUCAGCUCUAUUAUAAACUACUAAGGGUAAGUAUAUUUCUAUCUCUUAAGUCUUGAUCUUAAAAAAAAAAAUUAUUCAAGACUUAUUAAAUGAUCCGACGCAGGCGUCGAUCCAAAAAGUACGUUUGGAAAUUUAUCGUUUAAAAACGACCUAAUAGUAAUUAAUUGUACCACAAAAUAUUAUUUAGUAAUGUAUGCAAACAAUUUUAUCUGUGAUUUCAAAUAAAUUAAAUAAAUACAAA